AUGGACAUCAAUGGGACGGACGUCCAGAGAAUACUAGUUGACACGGGAAGUUCAGUAAACAUUUUGUACUUCGACGUCUUCACCCGAUUGGGUCUGUCGACCGACCAGUUGACCCCCAUACGGACCCCGCUGUCUGGUUUCACAGGCGACUCCAUAGAGGCAGAAGGAGUGAUCAGUCUGAAUGUGGAGUUAGGCGCCCAGCCGAACGUCUUGAUGACAACCAUGGAGUUCGUGGUGGUCAAGUUGAAGUGUAUUCACAAUGCAAUACUUGGUCGACCCGGCAUCUCCCAAGCAGGCGCUAUCAUAUCAAUGAACCACUUGAGCAUGAAAUUUCACACGCCCAACGGGAUUGGAGUGGUUCGAGGAGACCAGCGAGCUGCCCGUCAGUGCUACGUACAGGCUGUCAAGCAAUCCGAUCGUGAGGACGCGAGGAUUCACACCAUAUCUCAACAAGUCGACCAAGGAGAAGAUAAGGAGAAACCGCAACCUCAACAAGUCGACCAAGGAGAAGAUAAGGAGAAACCGCAACCAGCUUCAGAGAACCAAGGAGAAGAUAAGGAGAAACCGCAACCAGCUUCAGAGAUCCAAGGAGAAGAUAAGGAGAAACCGCAACCAGCUUCAGAGAUGGAGGAGAUCAUGCUCGACCCUCCGCAACCAGCUUCAGAGAUGGAGGAGAUCAUGCUCGACCCUAGGCAACCAGCUUCAGAGAUGGAGGAGAUCAUGCUCGACCCUAGCCGGCCGGAGCGAGUUGUCAAGAUCGGUCGAAACCUUCCGGUCGGUCUAAGGGAGGACAUUAUCAAAGUUUUACAGAAGUUCAAGAAUAUCUUCGCUUACAUUAUCAAAGUUUUACAGAAGUUCAAGAAUAUCUUCGCUUGGGGACCGGAGGACAUGCAGAAGUUCAAGAAUAUCUUCGCUUGGGGACCGGAGGACAUGCUUGGUGUCGACCGGUCGGUUAUAUGUCACCGAUUAUCCAUUCAGCCUGUCGACCGGUCGGUUAUAUGUCACCGAUUAUCCAUUCAGCCGGGUUUCAAACCGGUUAAGCAGAAGAAGAGGCAUCUAUCAAGUGAAAGAAGAGAGUUCGUGAAGAAGGAGACCGCCACCCUCUUGGCGGUCGGGCACAUCCGAGAAGUUCUCUACCCGGAGUGGUUAGCUAACGUAGUCCUUGCACCUAAACCACCUACAUGGAGGAUGUGCGUUGACUACACUGAUUUGAACAGAGCCUGUCCAAAGGAUCCGUAUCCCCUACCAAAUCCUGACCAGAUGGUUGAUGAAACGGCCGGAUGUGAGCUGCUAAGUUUCAUGGACGCCUUCAAAGGCUACCAUCAAAUUUUUAUGUGCAAAGAAGAUGAAGAGAAGACUGCUUUCAUAACCCCUGAAGGAGUAUUUUGCUACGUGGUGAUGGCUUUCGGUCUACGGAACUCUGGAGCCACCUACCAGAGGAUGGUGAACAAGUUGUUCAAAGGAUUGCUCGGGUCGACAAUGGAGGCGUAUGUGGACGACAUGCUCGUCAAGAGCCGAUCAAAAGAAACUCAUCCUACCGACCUGGCCCGAGCAUUCCGGGUGAUGGAAACUUUCAACCUGCGUUUGAACCCAAGUAAGUGUGCUUUUGCUGUCCAGACGGGAAAAUUCUUAGGGUUCAUGAUGACGGGGCGGGGGAUCGAGCCAAACCCCGAGAAAGUUAGAGCGAUCAUGGAGAUGCAAUCCCCCCGGUCGGUCAAAGACGUUCAACGACUGACCGGUCGACUAGCAGCACUCAGUCGUUUCCUGUCUAAAUCAGCUGAGAAAUCUCUACCUUUCUUUCAAAUACUGAAGAAGUCUAAUGGGUUCGAAUGGACACCAGCAUGUCAAUCGGCGUUCGACGACCUGAAGGCCUACUUGAGUUCAUCACCAGUUUUGUCCAAGCCGGAGAAAGAUGAGACACUCUCUAUCUACUUGGCAGUUUCUGACCGGGCGGUCAGUUCAGUGCUCGUACGGGAGGAAACCAAGGGAGUCCAGAAGCCGAUCUAUUAUGUCAGUAAGGCUCUCCAAGUACCAGAGUUGCGAUACACCAAGUUUGAGAAGACCGUAUUUGCACUCUGGGUGACCGCCAGGAAACUUGCAACCUACUUUCAAGCCCACCCGGUUGUAGUUUUGACCGACCAACCACUUGGAACGAUUCUCAGAAAUCCAACGUCGUCGGGGCGGCUGAUCAAAUGGGCCAUGAUGCUUACCCAGUUUGCGAUUGAGUAUAAGCCGCGCCCUGCCAUCAAAGCUCAAGCGUUGGCGGACUUCAUUGUUGAGUGUACCGCGCGGGACCCGGAGCCCGACCGCCCGACCGCCUUGGAGGAACCAUGGUGGGAAGCCUCUACUGACGGGUCAUCCAGCAAGAAAGGAUGCGGCGGAGGAGUCGUGCUUACAUCUCCUGAAGGUUUCAAAAUUUAUCAAGCUUUGAUCUUUAAGUUCCGACCCACCAACAACGAAGCAGAGUAUGAAGCACUCUUAGGCGGAGUACGGUUGGCUAGGCAGCAGAUGAAGGCCGACCGACUGAGGUUACGGUCGGAUUCCCGGUUGGUGAUCGGUCAACUAUCUGGAACGAUCGAAGCGAAGGAGGAACGCAUGAUACAAUACAAGGACGUUGCCCUGGAGUUGUUACAACAGUUCGACAAGUAUGAGUUGAUCCAGGUGCCCAGAACGGAGAACACAGACGUUGACAUGUUGUCCAAAUUGACACAGGAGGCCCCUGAGUACGUGUCUAAGAUCGCACGAAUUGAAGAGAUCGGGUCGCCGAGCAUUGAUGUUAUUGAGGUCCGACCGGUUGAGAUAAGCGAGCCAGAUUGGAUGUACGAUUUGAAAAAUUACAUUGCUAAUGGCACCUUACCAGAUGACACCACCAGGGCGAAGAAAGUCAGACUGAGAGCACCACGCUUCCAAUUGAUCGAUGGCAAACUCUACAAGCGGUCGUAUGGCGGACCGCUCUUGAGGUGUCUGACCAACGAUGAGGCCAAGAUUGUGAUUGAGGAAGUUCAUGAAGGCAUUUGUUCGGCUCACCAAGGACCAAGGACGCUGGCGCAAAAAAUCAUCCUGCUAGGAUACUAUUGGCCCUCAAUCAACUUGGAUUGCGAACAGUACGUUCGGCGAUGCGCUACUUGUCAAGAAUUUCACCGAUUGCCCGGUCGACCAGCCACAUAUUACCAACCGAUCAGCGAGGUAAUACCCUUUGCAAGAUGGGGAGUUGAUUUGAUCGGAGCAUUCCCAAUGGCAGCCGGUCGGAAGAAAUAUGUGAUCGUGGCCAUUGAUUAUUUCACCAAGUGGGUAGAAGCAGAAGUAUUAGCAACCAUCACUUCGCAGCAGUGCCAAAAGUUUCUCUGGGAAAAGGUAAUCACUCGGUUCGGGGUUCCGGUCUACCUAAUCACUGACAACGGGACGCAAUUUGAUAGUCAGCCGUUCAAAAGCUUCAUGGCUAAACUAGGCAUCAGGCACACCCGAGCGGCCGUAGCAUACCCACAAGCUAACGGACAAGUGGAGAACACCAACCGAACGAUCCUCGACGGACUGAAGAAGAAAUUACAAAGUGCGGGUCGAGGCUGGGUAGAAGAGCUCCCGUAUGUUCUUUGGACCUACCGAACCACUCCGCGACGGGCAACCAACGAAACACCUUUCUCGUUGGCCUACGGAUUCGAAGCAAGGGUGCCGAUUGAAGUAUGGCUCCCUACUGCUCGGGAAAGGAAUUACCAGCCGGAGGAAAAUGACGAGUUGCAAGGUGCAGAGCUUAACUUCAUCGAUGAGAAAAGAGACAUGGCGGCACGAAGAAUGAUUGAGUACCAGAAGGCCGCCAAAACUUACCAUGACGGACGGGUGAAACCACGUUACUUUCAAGUCGGCGACUUGGUAAUCCGACGGAGAGAAGCUAGUAAACCAACCGAACAAGGAAAAUUUGCUAAGAAAUGGGAAGGGCCCUACAAAGUCGCAGCAGUAGUCCAACCCGGCACCUACAAAUUAGAGACUCUCUCCGGUCAACUGAUUGACCGGGUGUGGAACUCCGAACACCUCAUACAAUUCUACAAGUAG